AUGACAGACCAAAAGGCCGUUCUGGUGGGGAUCAGCGGGGCUUCGUCGAGCGGCAAGACGACCCUCGCUCGCCUGCUUCGUGACAUUUUCCCCAGCACUUUUAUCCUACACGAGGAUGAUUUUUAUAAGCCCGAGUCCGAGCUACCGACCCGGGAUGGUCUGCUAGACUGGGAUUGCGCCGAGGCCAUCUCGAUCCCAGACAUGAUCAAGGCUCUCAAGCACAUUCGUACCGAGGGGACAUUUCCGCCCUUUGUGGACUCCAAGGAGGACCAAAAUUCGGUCGGCAAGUGUCCUGUAUCAGACACCAAGAUUGCCGAGAUGAAGAGCCGGGUGGAGGCGUGGACGCAGCCGGGCCAGCCGGGCCACGACCUGCUCGUCGGGGGCGCCGGCAUCAAGGUCUGCCUGCUGGACGGGUUCCUGCUGUACUCGGCCGAGAUGGCGGGCGUCAUGGACCUGCUCGACGUGAAGCUGUUCCUGCUGGUGAGCCGGGACAAGGCGACGCAGCGCCGCGCCGCCCGCGACGGCUACGUGACCCUGGAAGGGUUCUGGGCCGACCCGCCCGGAUACGUGGACAAGAUUGUCUGGCCCAACUAUGCCGAGGCCCAUGCUUGGCUGUUUGAGGGUGGCAAUGUCGAGGGCAAGCUCAGGAUGGAUCUUCUGGCGGACAAGGGCAUAUUGGCGCAGUCGAGCGCGGGCCUCGACGUGGAUAUGGAGACGUCAUUCGAAUGGGCCGUGGAGGCUUUGAUGAGAGAACUGGAAUCAAUCGGGAAGAAGGUAGCGACUGGAUAG